AUGGCACGGCUGGCACAGCUGGCACAGCUGGCACGGCUGGCGCGGGUGGCGCGGGUGGCACAGCUGGCGCUGCUGCUGGCGCAGCUGGCACAGCUGGGAGCUGCCAGGGCCACAGAGCCGCUGGAGAACGAGUCCGAGCCGGGCAAGGCCGGGAAAGGCUGGAAGGGAGAGCCCGACCUGGAGGAGCUGGACCUGGACACGGCAGGUAAAGGCGCCGAGUGGACGUCGUGGUUCAACAUCGACCACCCCGGUGGGGACGGUGACCACGAGAGCCUGGCCGCCAUCCGCUUCUACUACGGUGACCGCGUGUGCCCGCGGCCGGUGGCCAUCCAGGCGCGCUCCACCGAGUGGCACCUGCCCGCGGCCCUGGGCCAGGUGGUCCACGCCAGCCCCAAGCGCGGCUUCCGCUGCCUGCACCGCGAGCAGCCCCCGGGCAAGGCCUGCGCCAACUACCACGUGCGCUUCCUGUGCCCGCUGGAGCCCCUCUGGUCGGAGUGGGGUCCGUGGGGUCCGUGUUCCCGCAGCUGCGGCAGCGCCGGGACCCGCGAGCGGCGCCGGAGCUGCAAAACCGCCAAGAGCCCCCCGUGCCCGGGCCCUGCCACCGAGACACAGAAAUGUCCCCGCUCACCGUGCCCAGAGAAGCCGCACAUGGUGCUGCAGCCCGCGGGGCAGGUGCGGGAGGCCGGGCAGGACGUCACCUUCUGCUGCAGAGCCUCGGGCGCUCCUCCCCGCAACUACUCCUGGUACCACAACGGGACGCUGCUGGAGGGGCCGGCGGAGCGCAGCAGCGGCCGCCUGGAGCUGCGGGGGCUGGCACCGGGGCAGGCGGGCACGUACCAGUGCAAAGCCAGCUCGGAGGCGGGAGCCAUCCGCUCGGUGCCCGCGCAGCUCACCGUGCUGGCCCAGGGCCAGCCCAGCUGCCGGCCGGAGCCGGAGCCCAGCCUGGUGGAGCUGCCCCGCGAGUGCCCGCAGGACUCCGGCGGCUCCCGUUACUACGACGUGGGGCGCUGCCCGGCCUCGCCGUGCCCGGGCGACCCCUCCGAGCCCUCGGGCUGCGGGCAGAGCUCGGGGCUGUGCUGCGGGGUGCGCAGGAUGGAGCUGCGGCAGGUGCCGUGCGCCGGCUCCCUGCUGCCCCUCAAGGUGGUGGCCGAGUGCGGCUGCGGGCCCUGCGCCCAGCCCCGGGUGUUGGUGCGGGGCCGGGUGACGGCGGCCGACACCGGGGAACCGCUGCGCUUCGGCCACAUCUUCCUGGGGGCCACCAAAGUGGGCUUCACCGGCUACCGGGGCUCCUUCACCAUCGAGGUGCCGCCCGACACGCAGCGCCUGGUGGCUCGCUUCGUGGACGGCCAGCAGCGCUUGGUGGACGCCGUCAAGGUGCUGCCCUUCGACCCGCGAGGAGGAGCGGUGUACCACGAGGUGAAGAUGCUGCGCAGGAAGGAGCCGGUGGAGCUGGACGGCGGCCGGAGCAACUCCAUCCCCCUGGGCGAGGCCGGCGGCCGGGAGCCCGUCGGGGAGCUGCUGCUGCCGGCCGGGGUUUUCCUGCGGCCGUCCGGAGAGGUUUUUAACGGCACGGUCCAAGCCAGCGUCACCUUCGUGGACCCGCGGGAUGUGAGCACGGCCAGCGCCGCCUCCAGCGACCUGAGCUUCGCCAACGCCGAGGGGGAAAUCGUCCCCCUGCGCACCUACGGGAUGUUCGCCGUGGAUUUCCGCGAGGGCGGCAGCGGCGCGGAGCUGCAGGCGGGGCCGGUGCAGGUGAGGAUGGACGCGGGGCAGGUGUGGAUGCCGGAGCACCUGAAGAAGAUGAAGUUGUGGUCCUUGAACCCCGAGAGCGGCCUGUGGGAGGAGGAGGGAGUGCUGCGGCCGGCCGGCGGCCGGAGGAAGAGGGAGGAGAGGACCUUCCUGGUGGGCAACCUGGAGAUCCGCGAGCGGCGCCUCUUCAACCUGGACGUGCCCGAGGAUCGCCGCUGCUUCGUCAAGGUCAGGGCCUACAGCAACGAGAAGUUCAACCCCUACGAGCAGCUGGAAGGGGUGGUCAUCAACCUCAUCAACCUGGAGCCCCAGCCCGGCUUCCCCAGCAACCCGCGGGCCUGGGGCCGCUUCGACAGCGUGGUCACCGGCCCCAACGGCGCCUGCUUGCCCGCCUUCUGCGACGGCCGGCGCCCCGACGCCUACACGGCCCUGGUGACGGCCACGCUGGGCGGCGAGGAGCUGGAAGCCGUGGCCUCCAGCCCCAAGCUGAACCCCAACGCCGUGGGGGUGGCUCAGCCCUACCUGGGCAAGCUGGGCUACCGGCGCUCGGACCACGAGGACGCGGCGCUGAAGAAGACGGCGUUCCAGAUCAACGUGGCCAAACCCGACCCCAACGACGCCGACGAGAGGAACGGGCCCGUCUACUCCUACCGGAGCCUCCGGGAGUGCGAGGAGGCGCCGGUCGGGGCCAACCACCUGCGCUUCUACCGCGUGGAGGUGGACAGGUACGAGUACAACGUGGUGCCCUUCAAGGAGAGCGACGUCACCUCCUGGACCGGCGAUUACCUGGCGUGGUGGCCCAACCCGCAGGAGUUCCGGGCGUGCUUCAUCAAGGUGCGGCUGGAGGGGCCGCAGGAGUACAUGGUGAGGUCGCGGAACGUCGGGGGCAGCCACCCCCGCACGCGGGGACAGCUCUACGGGCUGCGGGACAGCCGGAGCGUGCGGGAUCCGCUGCUGGGCGACGCCUCGGGAGCCUGCGUGGAGUUCAAGUGCGGCGGGAUGCUCUUCGACCAGAGCCUGGCCGACAGGACCUUGGUGUCCAUCGUGCCGCAGGGCAGCUGUCGCCGCACGGCCAUCAACGGGCUCCUGCGGGACUACCUGAGCCGCCACCCGCCGCUGGCCGACAACAACCACACCGGGGCCUUCUCCAUGCUGGCCCCGCUGGACCCGCUGGGCCACAACUACGGCAUCUACACCGUGACGGACCAGAACCCGCGGCUGGCCAAGGAAAUCGCCAUCGGCCGCUGCUUCGCGGGCACCUCGGACGGCUUCUCCAGGGAGAUGAGAGCGGCGGAGGGCACCGCCGUCACCUUCAGCUGCCAGGAGCGGCCGCCGGGCAGGGAGAGCUUCUUCCAGCGCCUGCUGAGCGCCCCGGCCGAGGCUCUGCAGGAGAUCCGCAGGGAGAUGGGGAGAUCCGAGCUGCGCCGCGCCGCCCCCGAGGUGAUGGACUUCGCCUCCGGAGCCCCCACGGGCACCCGCCGGAGCCCCGGCAGCCAGCGGAGAGCGGGCCGGCAGCGGGGACAGCCCUGAGUGGCCUCCGCGUCCCCUCCCCGCCUCUGCUUUUGUCGCCCCCCCUUUCCCCCUGUCGC